GAAGGAAGGGGUAAGUGCACUUUAAAAAUAAACAAUUUUUGUUGUAUUCAUUAUAAAAUACUUGUUUUGUGGUAUUUGCCAAGCAAAUAACACUUUCAAAUCGAUUUCGACAUCAUAAAUAUUACUCUUGCUCAAUUUAAACAGCCUAUAUAUUGGAUAAUAACAUUUUCUGACCUUUUAUGCGUUGCUAUGAGGUUAUCAGAUUAGCUUACCGUUGUUUUCAUAUAUAUUUUAUUUAAACAAUAAGUUUAAAUUCAUUCAGUUUAUUCUAUUGAUUAUACUCGGUUUUCAAAGUGCGUUAACUAGAGACGAGAUUAUCCUUAAAUUUAUUUUAGGGUCAACCAAGGUUAAUUGUACAAGUCUCAAAUAUGUGUUCUAAAAUUCUUAACCAAAAUAUAUGGGAAUCGGACCCAGAAUUGUUUGAAAUCAUGAAGUGUGAAAAGAAAAGACAGACAGGGGGAUUGGAAUUGAUUGCUUCGGAGAAUUUUACAUCUUUAUCAGUAUUACAAUGUCUCAGUUCUUGUUUAACUAACAAGUAUGCCGAGGGACUUCCGGGUGCAAGGUAUUACGGUGGAACUCAAUUUGUCGAUCAAGUAGAACGAUUGGCACAGAAAAGAGCACUAGAAGCAUAUUGCUUAAAUCCGGAUGAGUGGGGUGUCAAUGUGCAACCAUAUUCAGGCUCGCCGGCAAAUUUUGCUGUAUAUACAGGUAUUGUGGAACCACACGGCCGCAUCAUGGGUUUAGAUCUUCCAGAUGGAGGUCAUUUAACUCAUGGUUUCUUCACACAAACAAAAAAGAUAUCUGCCACUUCUAUAUUCUUUGAAUCGAUGCCAUACAAGGUUAAUCCAUCAACUGGAUUAAUAGAUUAUGACGAACUGCAUAAAAACGCGCGCCUCUUCAAACCAAAAGUGAUCAUUGCAGGAGUAAGCUGUUACUCACGAGCUUUGGACUAUAAAAGAUUUAGAGCGAUUUGCGAUGAAUUAGGGGCAUAUCUGAUGUCAGACAUGGCGCAUAUAUCUGGACUAGUAGCUGCAGGUGUCACACCCAGUCCAUUUGAAUACAGUGAUAUUGUUACUACAACGACGCAUAAAAGUUUGAGAGGGCCUAGGGCCGGAGUGAUAUUUUUCAGGAAGGGCGAAAGAACUGUAAAUGACAAAAAGAGUAAAUAUGACUUAGAGGACAAAAUUAACCAAUCAGUAUUUCCAGGACUACAAGGUGGUCCACAUGAAAACGCUAUAGCAGCAAUUGCUACAACAUUGAAACAGGCUAAUACUCCCGAGUUUAAACAGUAUGCCCAACAAAUUGUGGCCAAUGCAAAGAGACUGAGCGAUGGUUUACAGAAAAAGGGAUUAAAAGUUGUAUCAGGUGGUACUGAUGUACACAUGCUCCUGGUUAAUUUGAAGCCAGCUGGAAUAACAGGAGCCAAAGGCGAAUACAUUUUAGAAGAAGUAUCAAUUGCCUGCAAUAAAAACACUGUACCUGGCGAUAAGAGUGCUAUGAAUCCUUCUGGUAUUAGAUUAGGUACACCUGCAUUAACCACUAGGGGCUUUAAGGAGCAAGAUAUCGAUCAAGUAGUGGAAUUUAUUCAUAAAGCCAUAUUAUUAGCGAAAGAAAUUAGUGAUGCGUCCGGACCUAAACUAGUAGAUUUCAAAAAAUUCGCUCACGAAAAGUUCGCUGAGAAAAUUGAAGCCCUGAGAGCGGAAGUCCAAUGCUUCAGCGAACAAUUUCCAAUGCCUGGAUAUCCAGAGUACUAGAUUCAUAAGUCCAAAUUGAUCCAUAUUCAAAAUGUAAUUCCAAAUUUCUUGUAAAUCAUUCAUUAUAUACAAAAUAUUUAAUGUUAUAUGUAUAACAUUAUAUAUUUUGACUAGUGACUCAUCCAUCGUCAAUUGUAUGAUGUUAUUUUUAUAUUGUACAUGAAUAUUUUCGAAUAAACUUUUUACUAUUAAA